AUGCUGCAGUACUUCGUGGACAAGCUGUUCGGCGACCUCCCAGCCAAUUUCAACUUUGUGAUAGGGAAAAGGUUAGAGUGCCAGAGUCCCCAAAACGGGGGGUACUACGAAAUUUACGAAGGAGUAAACAAAAACAAUGAAGGGGUAUGUAUAUUUAUAUAUGAUAAGAAAGGAAAAGAAGGGAGUAGGGAGAAAAGAUACACAAGUAACCAUUUGUCUUUUUCCAAAAAAUUAAUUCACCCAAAUAUUUUGAAAGUCCUAUAUACAUACGAGAGUGAUAAGAGGAUCUACAUAGUAACAGAAAAAUGUGUUCCAUUGCAUGUUGAGGGGGUAAAAAGUGACCCCUUAUGGGGUUUAUAUGAAAUAUUUAGCGCGGUGUCUUUUGUCAGCAUGUGUAAUUAUGUGCACUGUUUGGUGAAUCCUUUAAGCGUAUUUGUAAAUGAAAGAGGGAGAUGGAAAUUGUCCCUUUUUGAUUGUAUUCAUGAGAAAGGUGAAAGUAUGUAUCAGAUUUUGAAUGACCUACAGAAUCAUAUAGUUAGUACGUAUGGCUAUGCAGUUUCCAUUCCAACUGGAGUUCAUGUUUCAUGGGUAGAUGCACAAGGCUUGGCAUUGCUAAUGGUUUGGUCGUAUAGAAAUUACCUAGAACAAACAAGUCAUUUUGGAGAUGCUCACGUAGGUGUUCCACCCAUUAGGAGUAGUCCCCAUGGCAGUGAUACAAAUGCACCACAGAGAGGACAUUAUUUAAAAACGCCAAUGUUGAGUGCGGAGGGUGCACAAGAAUACAUACCGAAGAGAUUGUUGCCAUUGUAUAGUACGUUGCUAAAGUAUAGUAAGGAAGAAAUAAACUUUUCCACCAUUUUAAAUGAUGAGAAUCUGAAGACAGACAACACCAUAAGUACAAUGUUAUUUUUGACACAAAUACAUAUGAAGUCGAAGAGCGAAAAGGUGCAAUUUUUGGAUAACCUAUUUAGCAAGCUAGAAAAUAUCUCAUCAAGUGUAAAAACGGAGAAAAUUUUACCUGAACUUGUUCAGAAUAUGGAAGUGUCUGAGAGUAGAGUGACGUGUCUGAAGAUCGUCUUAACAAUUUCGAGGGAACUAUCAACAGAGCACUUUGAUAAAAUGAUAUUUCCAAUUGUAUCAAAAUAUUUUUCUCUAAACGACAGAUCAAUCAGGUUUGUUUUGUUGGAAAAUUUCCAUCACAUAGAGAGUCACCUUACCAGUAACCACAUGAACGAAAUAUAUAAUUCGUACCUGUAUGGAUUUUUGGAUAAUAAUGCGUCCAUAAAAAAUGAGAGUAUAAAAAAUUUCAUUUAUGUGUUUCCAAAAUUGAAGUCAAAUUUUAAAUCGUCUUCUUUGAUAGCCUUGUUGGAUAAUUUGAGAGACUCUGAUUUUUGCGUUAAGACAAAUACGAUAAUUUGUGUAGCAAAAAUUGCGAAACAUAUUUUGGAUGAUAAAGAGAAAAUACUUGAAAAUGUUUACAAGAUUGGAUUACAGGAUUCGUUUGUUCAAACUAGGUUAGUGACUAUUCAGGCUAUUAAAUUUACAUAUGACCAGUUCAGUGCGAAGAAGUAUGCUUCGAAUAUUUUGCCGCUCCUGGUUAGGUGCCUCAUUGACGAUUCAGUGGAGGUGCGUCUCGCAGCGUUUGACGCGAUGGACUCCGUUUGUGCGCAACUGAGGGGUGAUUUGGUGGGGGGUAAUACUUGUAGUAGCCAUAGGAGUUCACCGAUACCCAGUGGUAUGUCAAAUGGGAACGACGCUACUUCCACUUCUCCAGUGGACUCCCUAAAAGGUUACACUUUUAUAAACAAGAUAAAGGGAAUUGUCUCCGCAAAGGGGGAACUGGAUGCUGGAAGCGGGUCGCGGGUUACUCAGGAGGGAGGUCCCAUUUUGGGGGACUUGUCCGGGAGAGCUGUCCAAACGGGUGCGACCGAGAGCAAUCUACUUAGCACCUUGGUUUAUGACGUGCCCCCCGUCGGUGGUGCACUGGGCGCCACAGGAGGUAGAGAUUACGUUAAUGUGAAUUCCCAAACCGGGGUGUAUAACAGCGGGGAGAAGCACUUGGACGCAUUCCAGCAUCAGAGUUACAACCAAAAAGACAACUUCCUUUGGGGGGAGGAAAUUAAAAAUUACCCCGACAGAGGAAAUGGGUGGGUAGCUGGUGGGAUGGACAACCUUUAUGGUGGUGGCGAUACGCCUUGCGAAGCAGACAGAGGUGGCCACUACGAACAGGGCAACCGUGGCAACUACGAGUUGGCAAAUAUGAACAGGUCCGGUGAAACCAACCAAGAGGGUAGCCUUUUUGACGAUAACUUCCAUUUGGGUCAGUCCACCAAAAAAACGGCCCAAAAAAUUGACCUUGACAUAGAUGAAUUUUUUAAGGAGUUGGACUUGAAAGAGGAUAGCAGUGCCAAGGUGAACUUGAGUUUGUUGUAG